AUGUUGACAUGUAUUUGUUUCCAUACACGCUAGUUUUUUUAGGGUUUCAUUGUUUUUCUUUUUCGCGCUGUCUAUAAAGUCUGACCGUGUUUUCAUGGCCACUCUUCUCAAAAAUCGCCUCAAAGUCUCCCUCUCUAUGGUUUCGACUUGAGGUUUACUUCGAUUUUGUUUUCCUUUUCUGCAAUCCUUAAUCGCAUCUCGAAUUUCAAUUUUCACUGCAACUUAGGGACUCGACUCUGAUACCAUUGAAGACAACAGUUGGCUUCCUCUGGCAAUUGGUUGAUAAUCAAAAUCUGAAAUUUAUCACCUUCUGGUUAUAUUUUACACUUCACGUUAGUUGAUUUGCAAUUCUGGGGUUAUGGACGACGGGGAGGUUGAUUUCUCAAAUCAAGAAGUGUUUUUGGGCGCAAACAUGGGGGAUAUUCCAAAUUGCUCUAUGGACAGUUUUUUCGAUGAACUUCUCAAGGACAAUCAUGCUUGCAGUCAUACACACACUUGCAAUCCACCCGGCCCAGAUUACUCGCAUACACAUACUUGUUUUCAUGUGCAUACCAAAAUUCUGCCUGCAGCAUCUGAGGAUAAGGUUUCAACUGAUGACACUGCAGAAUCGGACGAGAAGAAGCCAAAGAAACGACCCUUGGGGAAUCGUGAGGCAGUUCGCAAGUAUAGGGAAAAGAAGAAGGCUAAAACAGCAUCUUUGGAGGAUGAGGUUAUAAAAUUGAGGGCUUUGAACCAGCAAUUGAUGAAGAGGUUGCAGGGGCAGGCGGCAUUGGAGGCGGAGAUCACGAGACUUAAAUUUAUGCUUGUGGAUAUCCGGGGGAGGAUUGAAGGGGAGAUUGGAUCUUUUCCCUACCAAAAAUCUGCUAAUAUGAAGUUGGGUAAUCCAAAUCUGCCUGGUGCAUAUGUAAUGCAUCCAUGCAACAUGCAGUGUAGUGAUCAGAUGUAUUGCCAUCAUCCAGGAAUGGAAGGCAAUAGUGGAGAGGGUAUAUCAAUGAAUGGGCAAGGUUUCGAUGGUUGUGAAUUUGAGAAUUUGCAGUGCAUUGCAAACCAGAAUUCAGGAAGCAAAGAGCUGCCCGGUUGUGGUCUUGGGAGUGUAGAUACCAAUGCCAAUGCUUCUGGUGCCAAGAAGAGGAAAGGAGGGGCUCGUGCUGGAAAUGCGAAUUGAUGUCCUUCUCAGGUGGCAUUGUCGUUCGAUGUUGGGGUGCUUAGUGCCAUGCAAUAAUAUUUGCAGUUUUUAUUUCGUCAGGUCAGGUCGACCGAUGUUCUUUAUUUCAUUUGUCUUUUGAUAUGUCUUCUUUGCCAUCUCCUGGGUCCUCAGUUUCAUUGCCUAUCUAUUUUAAGCAACCUCUGUUUGAUUUGUUGCUUAUCGAGCCGGGGGAUCGGCCUCAAGCCUACGUUUGUAAACAGAACCUUGGUUUGUCAAUAACUAGUAGAAUCUGCAAGCACCUCCAGUGUAAUGGUUUUCCAUCAAGUUGAAUUCAUUUUUAUAAAGCUCAGUGGGUAAACUGAUCGAUUUAGUAAAA